AUGAUAAAAAAUAAAGCAUAUUUUGAUAACCUUAAAAAACUUGAAAAUUCUUGUUUAUAAAAUCACACUUGUCUAGAAAUAGAUUUAAGGAGAAAAAUUGGAUCUAAAUCAUAAAGAUUUUUUAAUCAAAAUUCUGGAUAAAAUUUAAGUUCUGCUUUAUAAAAAUGCAUUAAUCUUACAAAUUUAAUACUCCAAGCCAAUGGAACAUAAAUUGAUGAUAAAAAUGCUAUAUAUUUAGGUUCUGCUUUAGGAGUGAACACAAAUCUACAAAUUUUGACUCUAAACUUAGGUUAUAAUGAAAUUGGACCAUAAGGUGUAUAAGAUUUAGUUCCUUCAUUUUCUAACUGUGCCAAUCUCUCUAACUUAGAUUUAGACCUCACAAGAAAUAUAAUUGGAGAAAAAGGUCUAUAAUUUUUAGGUGCAGCUUUAACAAUCUUAUAAAACCUUUCAUCUCUAAAACUAUAACUAGAUGGGAAUCAAGUUAAAGAUAUAGGAUUGUAAAGCUUAGGCUCUGCUUUAUCAAAUUGUAAAUAUCUUACAAAUUUGGCUCUUGGAUUACAGAAAAAUGAAAUAAGUUGUAAAGGUAUUUCAAAUUUUGGCUCUGCUUUAGUAGAUUGUUAAAAUCUCUCAACUAUAUAACUCAAAUUAUAUGGUAACUAAAUUAAAUCAAUUGGUGCUUCAGCUUUAUGUACUGCCUUAUAAAAAUGUCCCAAACUUUAAAAUUUUGAACUCAACCUAGACAGUUAAAAAGUUUUAAAUAAAUCAAAUGCUGUUUAGAGAUUUAGCUCUUCUUUAUAAAACUUCAGCAAUCUAUAAAAAUUAGACCUUAGUCUUUGCGAUUGUGAUAUUAAACCUAAAAGUGCAUCAGUUAUAGGCAGUGCUUUAGCAAAGUGUUCCAAUCUCUAAACACUGAAACUUUUUCUUAUAUAAAACUUUAUAGGACCAGAAGAUGCAUCAGAAUUAGGUUUUACGUUAGUUAAUUGUGCUAAUCUCUAAAACCUUAAGUUAGACUUAGGGAAAAAUGAAAUUGGAGACUAGGGUAUUCUAAAUUUAGGAUAAGCUUUAAUAAAUUGCCCUAAAUUAAUUUCUUUGAACCUUGAUCUAUAAAGUAACAAUAUUUUUGAUUCAGGUGCUUUAAAUUUUGGAUCCGCUUUACUAAAAUGUACAAACCUCUUGAGUUUGGAGCUUAUUCUUUAUUAUAAUGAAAUUAAAGAAUCUUCACUUUUAAAAAUUUAAAUCAAACUACUUAAGAUUAAGAAACUAGUAAAUAGUUACAUCUAUUUUUAUUGA